CCUCGUUUUAUUGGUUCAGUUCAGUUACCCUAGCUCAGGCACUUCUAUGGCGUUUUUCCUGGACUUUUGGAGGCUACAGAGUCUGCUUCUGGCAAAUUGGUGAACACUACUCAUUGUAGGUAAUUGCAGCUGAAGGGUUUAAUACAAGGAAUUUCUCUACCAAAAGCUUCUAUAUUAUGGAGACUGAAGCUGACUCAAUAGAUAGCUCUCUCAGUCUGAUCAAGCAAGGUGCUGAAGCUAGGGUAUUUGAGUCUUCUUUUGUGGGAAGGAGGUCUGUUAUCAAGGAACGCUUCUCAAAGAAGUACAGGCAUCCAACUUUGGAUUCUAAAUUGACACUCAAGCGCUUAAAUGGGGAGGCCAGGUGCAUGACCAAAGCAAGGCGACUUGGGGUUCGUACUCCAGUGCUGUAUGCUGUGGAUCCUGUGUUGCACACUUUAACAUUUGAAUAUGUUGAGGGCCCUUCAGUCAAAGAUGUAUUUCUUGAAUUUGGAUCAGGAGGUGUUGUUAAAGAGCGACUCGACAAUAUUGCAUCACAAAUUGGUGAUGCAAUUGGAAAGUUACAUGAUGGUGGUCUUGUUCAUGGUGAUUUAACGACAUCAAACAUGUUACUAAAGAAUGAUACCAAUCAGUUGGUUCUUAUUGACUUUGGUUUGAGCUUCACUUCAACUUUACCGGAAGAUAAAGCUGUUGAUUUGUAUGUUCUGGAAAGAGCCCUUAUUUCAAUGCAUUCUUCAUGUGGGAAUGUGAUGGAUCAGAUACUCGCUGCAUACCGCAAGUCGUCAAAGCAGUGGUCAUCCACAUUGAACAAGCUGGCACAAGUGCGACAAAGAGGACGAAAGAGGACCAUGGUUGGAUGAUCUUUGUGGAGUUUCAUUUCCUUAUAUUGAGGUAAAAGAGAGAGAUAACAACCAAUGAAUGUUAUUGAUGUAAUUUUUAUUUAUCUUCUCUCUCUCUCUCUCUCUCUGUUUGCAUAUUUGUAAUGAGCACAUCUCUUCCAGUUUAAAAAAAUGGGAUGAUUUUUGAACUUCUGACUGACAUCUAUUCCGGCUUCUAUAUG